UCCCUAUAGCUGAGCCCCGUCCGAGGGAAAGACAAAGGUCUCUCCAUUCUUUUCUGCGGGAAGUGGCCAAAGCCCAGACUACAAAAGCCAGACACCCGGAGUGCUGGCCCAUCUGACGUAAAGGCGUGAAAGACAGCCAUGGCUCCCAAGCGCAAGCCCCCUGUGCAGUGUGAGGGCCCUGACAAGAAGAAGGGACGGCAGGGGACGGAGGAGGACAGCUUCCGGGCCACUGCGGAGGCCCUCAAGGCCGCGCCCACAGAGAAGCGCACAGUCCGCGUGGACGCCUCGUGUCCUCUCAGCCGCAGCCCCGGGGCCCAGGUGCACGAGGACUACGACUGCACCCUGAACCAGACCAACAUCGGCAACAACAACAACAAGUUCUACAUCAUCCAGCUGCUGGAGGACGGCGGGCGCUUCGCCUGCUGGAACCGCUGGGGCCGCGUGGGAGAGGUGGGCCAGUCCAAGCUCAGCUACUUCGCGUCCCUGGAGGAUGCCAAGAAGGACUUUGAGAAGAAAUUUCGGGAAAAGACCAAGAACAGCUGGGCGGAGCGGGAGCACUUCGUGGCCCACCCCGGCAAGUACACGCUCAUCGAGGUGCAAGGCGAGGACGAGGCCCAGGAGGCUGUGGUGAAGGUGCAGUCCCUCUGCGCCCAGGUGGACGGAGGCCCCGUGAGGACCGUGGCUCAGCGUGUGCGGCCCUGCUCCCUGGACGCCGCCACACAGCAGCUCAUCACCAACAUCUUCAGCAAGGACAUGUUUAGUGACGCCAUGGCUCUCAUGAACCUGGACGUGAAGAAGAUGCCCCUGGGGAAGCUGAGCAAGCAGCAGAUCGCGCGGGGCUUCGAGGCGCUGGAGGCCCUGGAGGCGGCCCUGAAAGGCCCCGCAGACGUGGCCGGCGGCCGCAGCCUGGAGGACCUGUCCUCCCACUUCUACACCGUCAUUCCCCACAACUUCGGCCGCAGCCGGCCCCCGCCCAUCAGCUCCCCGGAGCUCCUGCAGGCCAAGAAGGACAUGCUGCAGGUGCUGGCGGACAUCGAGCUGGCCCAGACCCUGCAGGCAGCCCCCGAGGAGGAGGAGAAGGUGGAGGAGGUGCCGCACCCCCUGGACCGAGACUACCAGCUCCUCAGGUGCCAGCUCCAGCUGCUGGACCCAGAGGCGCCUGAGUACAAGGUGAUCCACACCUACUUGAAGCAGACGGGCGGCAGCUACAGGAGCCCGGAGCUACGGCACGUUUGGAAAGUGAACCGAGACGGGGAGGGAGACAGGUUCCAGGCCCACUCCACGCUGGGCAACCGCAGGCUGCUGUGGCACGGCACCAACGUGGCCGUGGUGGCCGCCAUCCUCACCAGCGGGCUGCGCAUCAUGCCACAUUCUGGCGGCCGCGUGGGCAAGGGCAUCUACUUCGCCUCGGAGAACAGCAAGUCGGCCGGCUACGUUACCACCAUGUUGUGUGGGGCCCACCGCAUCGCCUACAUGUUCCUGGGGGAGGUGGCCUUGGGCAGGGAGCACCACAUCACGGCUGACGAGCCCGGCUUGAAGCAGCCACCCCCCGGCUUCGACAGCGUCAUCGCCCGAGGCCACACGGAGCCUGAUCCCACCCAGGACACGGAGCUGGAGAUAGACGGCCGGAGAGUGGCAGUGCCCCAGGGCCAGCCCACGCCCUGCCCCGAGUUCAGCCAUUCCUCGUUCUCCCAGAGCGAGUACCUCAUCUACCAGGAGAGCCAGUGCCGCCUGCGGUACCUGCUGGAGGUGUGCUUCUGAGCGCUGCCCUCUCCCCGGGCCCUGCCAGGGACAGACUGCCGUCUGUCUUCUCACCCACGUCACCGCUUCUCGCUCCCAAAUCUCCCUUCUGUGUCCCAGACAGUGGUCCCCGCUCCCUCCAUCCCCACUAGCCCUGGCCUGGCUGCGGCCCGAGUCUCGCCUGCUGAGGUGACGGGUGCGAGGGACUGGCAUCCCCGGGACACAGUGCCGCAGCCUCUUCGGGCUGAGUAGUUAGAGGGGCACAGGCUGAGUGAGGGUGUCGGACCCCUUAGCCGCCCGGGCCGUCCACCCAGGCCAAGCCUGUCCGUCCCAGAGGUGUGACCGCCAGUGGAGGCUGGACUGCAGGCAGCAAGUUCAUUAAACACUGAGUCCGCUCACCCCAGGCUCCGGCUGUCUGUGCUGCAGCCGCACGAGCCUGGGCCCCUUCCUCUCCACCGUGACCCCCCACGGCCCACCCCCACCCACCCUGGUCCAUCUGUGGCCGUCACUGCAACCCCCACCGCCCCUGCUCACUGCGCUUUCAAAGACCCUCACCAUCCACUCAGGACUGGUGGCCAUCUGGGGACCCACCUGGCCAUCUGUCCGCUGGCCCGCACGGGGCCAGGCAAACCGAGCAUCGCUCCUGUCUCGGCAUCAACGUGUCUCAGAUCUGCAUGUUCCACACCAGCUGAGCACACACCGAGCGCCCAGCUCUGCCACCGUGAACGAUGCCCAUUAGCACCCAGGGGGUCACCCUACCCAGACGCGAGGGUGCGGGUGCUGUGUCUGCUUCUCCAGCUCCAAUCCAACACCACGGGGGCCUUGCGUUCCCAGUCCCAGGCUCACACUUGCUUCUCUAACAGGAAGCAUCUCCGUUCCGGUCAACAUCAGUCUAUUGACUUGUUGGCUCCAUCCCACACGAAAAGGAGAUUCAGAAUCACCGUGCCAUGCAUGUGAGCCCACGCUCCCUGAGCAGGGUGCCAUGCAUGUGAGCCCACACUCCCUGAGCAGGGUGCCAUGCAUGUGAGCACACGCUCCCUGAGCAGGGUGCCAUGCAUGUGAGCACACGCUCCCUGAGCAGGGUGCCAUGUGAGCCCACGCUCCCUAAGCAGGGUGCCAUGUGAGCACACGCUCCCUGAGCAGGAUGCCAUGUGAGCACACGCUCCCUGAGCAGGAUGCCAUGUGAGCACACGCUCCCUGAGCAGGAUGCCAUGUGAGCACACGCUCCCUGAGCAGGAUGCCAUGUGAGCACACGCUCCCUGAGCAGGGUGCCAUGUGAGCCCACGCUCCCUGAGCAGGGUGCCAUGUGAGCACACGCUCCCUGAGCAGGAUGCCAUGUGAGCACACGCUCCCUGAGCAGGGUGCCAUGCAUGUGAGCACACGCUCCCUGAGCAGGGUGCCAUGUGAGCCCACGCUCCCUAAGCAGGGUGCCAUGUGAGCACACGCUCCCUGAGCAGGGUGCCAUGUGAGCACACGCUCCCUGAGCAGGGUGCCAUGUGAGCACACGCUCCCUGAGCAGGAUGCCAUGUGAGCACACGCUCCCUGAGCAGGAUGCCAUGUGAGCACACGCUCCCUAAGCAGGGUGCCAUGCAUGUGAGUACACGCUCCCUGUGCUGGGUGCCAUGCAUGUGAGCCCACGCUCCCUGAGCUGGGUGCCAUGCAUCUGAGCACACACUCCCUGAGCAGGGGGCCAUGCCAUGUGAGCACACGCUCCCUGAGCUGGGUGCCAUGCAUGUGAGCACACGCUCCCUGAGCAGGAUGCCAUGUGAGCACACGCUCCCUGAGCAGGGUGCCAUGCCAUGUGAGCACACGCUCCCUGAGCUGGGUGCCAUGCAUGUGAGCACACGCUUUCCGAGCAGGGCUCAGGCACGCUCACGCUCUUCACCGUUAUCCUCUGGUCUUUAGAUGAGCGGGGAGUGGGAACAGGUGAAAUGUCGCCCGGAUUAGUUAACGUUUCCUUUCGGUGUGGUUACGCCGUGGAUGAAACACAGGCAGGUUCCUCAGUUUCUGCUUAUCCUCACCUUCAGGCGGGCUUUUCCUCAUCUUCACUGACUGACUUUGUCAAUAGCCAGCACAUUAACACAGUCCCAAUCACACAGUUCGCGGAAGUCCAGCCUAUACAAUAACAGGUGCUCAGGGGAGUCACCCCUGGCCCCGCACGCCGCCUGCCUGCUGCGGGGAGCCAGUUUCUGGCUUGGCCUUCAUGUACUCGUUUUGGCAAAUUAAAAAGCUACAGUCACA